GAAACUAAAAUGGAAACAGGACAACAUGUGUACGUGUGCACAGUGGCGAAGAGAGGGAACUUUGAACCCAGAUUAAUGAUUUGAGAAGAAACUAGUCACGUAUACUUUUACUACAAAUCAUGGAGGUAGGAAGAACCCAACCUGUUAGGACAGAUGUCAUCGUUAUUGGAGCUGGGAUUUCAGGACUAGCGGCUGCCAAAUGUCUACACGAAGCUGGGUUGGAAACUCUAGUGUUAGAGAGGACUGGGGAAGUUGGAGGGCUGUGGACUUUCAGAGAGCAUGACUAUGGUGUGAUGAGGUUCACACACAUAAAUGUAUCGAAGUACAACUACUGUUUUUCGGACUUUCCGUUCCCAGACGAAACCCUCGACUUCCCACACAACACAGACAUGGCACAGUACAUUCAGGACUACUGCGAGAAAUUUGAUGUCUACCCAUUUAUUCGCUUUCAUCGAAAAGUACUCACCGUUGACAGGAUAGGCGAGGAAUGGAAGGUGACUGCCCAGGAGGUGAGUGAGGAUGGGAAAACAGUGAAAACAAUCAACAAACCAGAAGUGUUCAUAUCAAAGUUCCUCACCAUAGCAACAGGCCACCAUGCUAAACCAACCACACCCAAGUUUCCAGGCCAGGACUCUUUUAAAGGAGAGAUAAUUCAUUCUGUGGAUUUCAAUGAUGCUCUGUCCAAUGGCAUGGUAGGAAAGCGUGUGUUAGUGGUUGGCAUCGGUAACAGUGCUGUGGAUGCAGCCGUAAACUGCGCGUCUGUUGGCAGGUGUAAAGCUGUAUAUAUCAGCUCCAGGUCCGGAGCUUGGAUCGUUCCCAACUACGUGUUAGGCUAUCCAGCAGAUCUGUACGCGUGUAGAGUCUUUCUCAGGUUGCCGUGGAAACUUGCCACAUAUAUCUUGGAGACUAUAAUCAAAAUGAUUUCAGGAAAUCCAAAAAGGUGGAACUUAAAUCCAAAGAUGCAUGCUCUUCAGACACAGCCAACUGUCAGCCCUACACUCAUACAUCACAUACAGCGCCGUGAGGUCAAAGUUGUUCCUAAUAUACAGAGGAUAGAGAAUAAAGAGGUUUUCUUUAUGAAUGGGAAGCAUGCUGAGUUUGACCACAUCAUUUAUUGUACUGGGUACAAGGUUGACCUUCCCUUCCUUAGUGAUGACCUUCAGAACUUGGUGCUAGACAAGGACACUAAUACUGUCAAGCUCUACAAGAACGUGUUCAACCCAGAUAUUGGUUCGGGUCUUGCCUUCGUUGGAUUUGUCCAGCCAGCAUCAGGAGGUGUGCUGUCUAUGUCGGAGAUACAGGCUCGCUGGUUUGCCGAGUUGUGUAAAGGAACAGUCAAACUACCAUCCAAAUCUGACAUGGUCAGCAACAUGAAAACAGAAAUGGAGGCUGUGUCUAGUCGUUACCAUCAGUCACCCAGACACACACUACAGAGGGACCCACUCAUCUACAACGACGAAAUCGCGGGAUUUAUUGGUGCUAAACCAAGUUUUCUCAAAAAUCCAAGUCUGAUCUGGAGCUUACUGUGGGGCAGCGGUGGAUCAUACCAGUGGAGACUCCAGGGUCCCAACUCCUGGAGUGGAGCGGCUAAAGCUGUCAGGAAGGUCCCCAUCACUGACCUUAUGCAUAUAUUUGGUGUGGCCUUAUUAGGGAUUAUAGCAUUCAUUGUGUACAAAUUAUUUUUCUGUUCAGGAUGUUGUUCCCAUUGAAUUUGUUUAAAUACUGCACUUACAAGCAGAAGUACAAGUAGACAUGUAGCAGGUAUAUAUGCUUUCAACAUCCAGGUUACAUUUUGUUGCCAUACAAGUUACAACUUUUAGAUUAAUUCAAGUAUCCCCUUCUGUGUAUCACUACAGUAUGGUAUCACUACAGUAUGGUAUCACUACAGUAUGGAUCACCUUCUGUGUAUCACUACAGUAUGGUAUCACUACAGUAUGGUAUCACUACAGUAUGGAUCCCCUUCUGUGUAUCACUACAGUAUGGUAUCACUACAGUAUGGUAUCACUACAGUAUGGAUCCCCUUCUGUGUAUCACUACAGUAUGGUAUCACUACAGUAUGGUAUCACUACAGUAUGGAUCCCCUUCUGUGUAUCACUACAGUAUGGUAUCACUACAGUAUGGUAUCACUACAAUAUGGAUCCCCUUCUGUGUAUCACUACAGUAUGGUAUCACUACAGUAUGGUAUCACUACAAUAUGGAUCCCCUUCUGUGUAUCACUACAGUAUGGUAUCACUACAGUAUGGAUCACCUUCUGU